UGUAAUUUUGAACUAAACGACAAAAUCCAAUUGUUGUGGACUUGGGCUGGAGCUUAGAUAUGGUCCGCAUGGGUGUGAGGUGUGAGUGGACAUAAGGCCUGGUGAGCAAUGGUGUGCCAUAUGGAUGGAAUGACUGUGAGGAGGAAAAAAUCAAUUAUUAGUUAACUUGAGUGGAACAUCUGCUAUGGAGAUCCCAAGAGGAACUUACUUGAGUGACACAAGACCUUUGUUCGAAUCGAGGAUUGUCAAUGGACAACUUGCCGAAUUGGGUCAAUUUCCUUACCAAGUCUUCUUUACAGGCUACCGUGAUGAUAUGCGUUCUAUCCCAAUCUUAACCUGCGGUGCUGUUAUCAUUGCGGAAAGAUGGAUCGUUACCGCAGCUCAUUGCUUGUUCGAAGAUAACAACCUCGAUAAAAUUCUAGGAAGUUUUGUUCUCAAAGCUGGUCAAAUAUACACCAACAAGGGAUCAAGCUACACGCAAGGAGCAACAGUAUUGACUGCUCAAACGCAUCCCCAUCCCGAUUACAAUCCCACCACUUUAAUGAACGACAUAGGCCUGUUCCAUCCAUUCUUUGGCUUUGAUCUCCUCAGAGAUCCAUGCUAUGUGAACGCAAUCGCUCUACCCUCUCCCAAUGAUUUUAUUGCAUCACACGUGGGGGAAGAACUGACUAUUUCGGGAUUUGGUCGUACAGCAACUGAUGAACCAGCUUCAGAACGACUCCUCUGGGCUACUCUUCAGGUAAUUCCACACUGCUCUUGCCAAGAAAGCUACGCACCGACCCUCCCAUCGACAGCCUUCUGUGGACAAGAUAAAACAUCCCCCAUAAGUUCAACCUGUCGUGGAGACUCAGGUGGUCCCGUAUCGCUAAAGAUAAAAAAUAUUCCAACCCUCGUUGGAAUAGUUUCAUUUGGUGGAACCAACUGCGGAACAGUACCUCAGGGCUUUACUGCUGUAGCGAACUUUGUUAAUUGGAUUUCGGAAAUGCAAGCUAAACACAAAUAA